CCACCCCUCGCCUCCAUGUACCGCCCCUGGUUGUGUAACAACAUUAUUCUGAUAGGAACUGGACUGCUUAAAAUUCUGGAAUACAUCCAGAAUAAAUGUUCCGCAGCUCAAAUUGCAGCUGACGAAAACAAACAUGUGCUUCAGGAAAAAGCUUUUAACUUUCACAUUCAGUAUACCGUUCUCACAGAUAGACACACGUUUCUGUUUUUCUUCACUCUGCUCGUUUGCUGCCUAAGGCUUUACAAAAUGUCUGAAGAAGUUGACUAUGAUACAAUCAUUGAAGAACUUAAAAGCAUACCAACAAAAAAUGUAUCAGAAAAUACAACCAAGCAGUACCAACAAGAGAUCAGGAUGACCUAUUUAAUUACAUAUUCUAUUGUCCUCAUCCUUGGUGUCACCCUCAACUUCAUCGUCAUUGUCAUCAGCUGCCUGAAAAAAAAGGAUUCUCCAAAGGUUGCCACUUGGAUUAUGGCGUUGGCUUUAACACACUUAGUCUCCAGUAUAUCUAUUGUUUUUCAGCUCCUAUAUGCUUACUAUAACUUCAAAUGGAAUUACGGAAGUGCAAGCUGCAAGCUGUCAUCCUAUAUCAGCUACGGCAGUAUGUUCUCCACGGCAGUCAUGCUGAGUCUCUGGAGCAUUAGUUCUACUUUUUCAAAAGUCGAGUGCAUGAAAAAGUGCAAGAAUUGUAACAUGAUUCUCAUUUCAUUUUCCUGGACCAUUUCAGCAAUCUUGGCAUGUCCUUCGCUGUUGUCCAGAGAGGUCCGAAAUGAUCAGUGCAUUGAUGAUUAUGACUUGGAUAAAACAAAAACAACUCAAGAUGGCAUUACAAGGCUGAAGGCUGUUGUUGUCAUGCGAUUUCUCAUCGGACUUCUCGUGCCAGCUUUGAUAAUAUUUCUAAGCUCUUUGACAUCAGCUCAUAGAAACUGUCAAGACUGUAAGAAACAGGCACGGAUAAUCUGUGCUAUAAAGAUUGCCUACUUUGUGUUCUGUGGCCCUCAAAUCUUCAUGACCAUGCUUCAAGCCACUCUAAAUGACAGCUUGGGUCCAAAUAUGUUGAAAUAUGGACUUCCAGCAGUUACUGCACUGGCCAUAGCCCACUGUUUUACCAACCCACUCAUCUAUCUGUCAUUGGGAUGCAGCAUUAAAAUGAAUUGGAUGGCGCAUGACCCAGAUCAUGUAAUGGAGGAUUAUCAGGGGAUCAUGUUGCAAAUGAGACAGAAGGUCUGUCUGUGUGGAGGUUUUCAUAAGUGAAUUGGAGAAUAAGAGUGAGAGAGUUUCCCCUAUGAUGGACUGGUCAUCCGUCCAGUGUUUCCUCCGCCCAUGCCCUGGGAGAUGCUGGGAUAGGCUCCAGCAUCCCUGCGACCCAACAGAGGAUGAGUAAGAAUGGAUUGAUGACCCAGAUCACAACAAUGAACAGCACAUCCACAAAAAUGCAUGGUAGUAAUUUCUGUAUGCAAACUGAAAAGUCCAAACUCUCAAAACUAAGAGUAUUCUGAAUAUUGGUCCUGUUUGGUCCAGUUUCAUGCUUUGCUUCAAGUUAUAUACUGCUUUAGUUGAAAAACUGCAUCACAUGUAUACAUUUACCAAACUCAUAACCUUCACAUUGCUAGAAU